CCAUAUAUAUGUUUGAGGAAAUCUCUCUGAUGUACGUACCAAAUAGCGCCAAAUAAUUUUUCUUCAGCAUUUAUAUAUAAAGUGAAUAAUCUCCCAUCCCUUUUAGCCACGCCCACUUGAAUUUCCUCAUCGCAUCAGCAUGGAACACAGCACAUCCUUCAACGACUCAAAUAACAGCCUCUCUUCACAACGAAGCCUCGUUUCAGUUCCUUCCCUCAACUCACACUCUCAAUUCCUCACUCCUUCCACCACCUCCCACACGUGCCUCACCACUCUCAAAUUCCUCACCUCAUCCUCCGUAUACAUCUCCUCCCUCACCCUUGCCGGCAAGUUCCUCUACGCAGGCUCCUCCGACAGAGAAAUCAGAUCCUGGAACCACACCCAUUUCAUCCAAAACCAAAAACCAACCACCACCACCACCACCACCACCACCAACAACAACAACAACAGCGUUGUAAUUGCCGGAAAAGGUGCUGUCAAGUCCAUAGUAGUUCACUCCGACAAACUCUUCACCGCCCACCAAGACAACAAAAUCCGCGUCUGGAAAGUCACAAACCUUUCCCACGACCACCAGAAGUACACACGUGUGGCCACACUCCCCACGCUCGCCGACCGCGUCACCAAACUCCUCGUCCCCAAAAACCACGUGCGGAUUCGCCGCCACAAAAAGUGCACCUGGGUUCACCACGUCGACACCGUCUCCUCCAUCGCCCUGUCCCAAGACGGAAACUUCUUGUACUCGGUCUCAUGGGACAGAACAAUUAAGGUUUGGCGAACCAAAGACUUGGCGUGCUUGGAGUCCGUGCGCAACGCGCACGACGACGCCAUCAACGCGGUUGCAGUCUCCUACGAUGGGCACGUCUACACAGGAUCCGCGGACAAGAGAAUCAGGGUUUGGAAAAAACUCGAAGGCGAGAAGAAACUUUCAUUAGUGGAUACUUUGGAGAAACAUAAUUCUGGGAUUAACGCGUUGGCGCUUAAAAGUGAUGGCUCUGUGUUGUAUUCUGGUGCAUGCGAUAGGUCAAUAUUGGUUUCGGAGAAGGGAGAGAAUGGUAAAUUGUUAGUGGUUGGAGCUCUUAGGGGGCAUGCUAAGUCGAUUUUGUGCUUGGCGGUGGUUUCGGAUUUGGUGUGUAGUGGUUCGGAGGACAAAACGGUGCGUAUUUGGAGAGGGGUUCAGAAGGAUGAGUAUUCGUGUUUAGCUGUUUUAGAAGGGCAUAGGAGUCCGAUUAAGAGCAUAACUGCAGCGCUUGAUCUUAGUCAAGACCCUUCUUCCCAAGCCACGUCUUUUCUUCUCUACAGUGCCAGUUUGGACUCACAUGUUAAGCUUUGGCAGCUUUUUCUUCCUCUUCUUUCAACUUAAUUUCAUUUCCCUUACAUAUCCCCUUCUUUUAGCUUUUUAUACAUGUAAGUCAAAGAUAGGAAGACCAAGAUUAGAGACAAAUCAUAAGAUAACAUAAGGAAUGUGACAGAGAUGUAAUUGUAAAGAGAAAAAAAAAAAAGAGUGUGAUAUGAGUUGUUUUAUAAAUGUAAUAUUUUUGGGGAAAAAAAAUGUUAUUGAGCAUUUCUUUUUACAUA